AGCCACAGGUGAAUGAAUCAACUAACAGAAACUUCAGGAGAGCGAGGUUCUUUUGAAAACUUGGAAAGAUGUUUGUGUUCUGCACUGUGAAAGCUGAAUCCAUAGAUUGUUUGAAGGAAAAUACUUGCAGACAACAAGUAAGGUAUAUAUGACCCAUCUAUGUUUUGUUGACAUAAAUUUGAACUGCAAGCUCUUUUUCUAAGUGUGGAUACUUACAACAGCCUGCAUAGGUUCCCUGUUGGAAGUCAGUGAAGAAAGAACUGCUUCUCAGAUUUGUCUUGUCCUUCAAUAUGUACCUAAAACAGGAAGUAUUCAUGAAUUGACAUGGGUCAACAUACUUCUCAUUACCAGGCAAAAGGAGAAGUAAUGCAUGAGCUAACAAUGGACACGACGUAUUCUUUGUGUCAAUUGACAGAGGAGAAGCCACAACACUUAACUCCUGAUCUGGAGUCUUAAGAGGAUUUCUGAGUUCAGUGAAAGGUGUCUGAGAACAGAGUCUGAUAAUCAAGUGAUCUGAUGUUCAUGAAUGAGAAGAACAAAAUUUUUAUUUGCACACAUGAAUCCUUUCGUGAGUCCUUGAUGUGAUGGGAGACGUGGAAAUCAUGAAACAGAAUUUGAUAUCGUCUGUUCAGAUUAUAUUGUUACUUCCUCUGACUACAGUGGGUCUGACAAGUCAAUCAUUCCCUGGAAAACCUAAGAUAAUAAGAUGUCGUUCUCUAGAAAAGGAAACCUUUUCUUGUUGGUGGAAGCCUGGUUCAGAUGGAGGACUUCCUACCAAUUACACCCUGUUCUACAGCAAGGACAGUGAAGAAAAAAUCUAUGAAUGUCCAGACUACAGAACAUCAGGUCCCAAUUCCUGCUACUUCAAUAGAAACCACACUAAUUCAUGGACAACAUAUAAUAUCACUGUAACAGCAACGAAUGAGAUUGGAAGUAACAGCUCGGAUCCUCAGUAUGUGGAUGUGACUUCCAUAGUUCAGCCAGGUUCUCCUGUGAAUCUCACAUUAGAAACACAAAGAUCUGCUAAUAUAAUGUACCUUUGGGCAAAAUGGUCUCCACCUCUAUUAGCUGAUGCCAGCUCUAAUCAUUUAUAUCACUAUGAGCUACGACUAAAACCUGAGGAAAAGGAAGAGUGGGAGACAGUACCUGUUGGAGUACAGACACAGUGCAAAAUAAAUAGGUUAAGUGCUGGCAUGAGGUAUGUUGUUCAGGUCCGUUGUAUGUUAGACCCUGGAGAAUGGAGUGAAUGGAGCUCUGAAAGACGCAUUCUGAUCUCUGGUGGACAGUCACCUCCUGAAAAGCCUACAAUAACCAAAUGCCGCUCCCCAGAAAAGGAAACAUUUACCUGUUGGUGGAAACCUGGUUUCGAUGGAGGGCAUCCUACUAACUACACUUUACUUUACAGCAAAGAGGGAGAAGAACAAGUUUAUGAAUGUCCAGAUUACAGAACUGCAGGCCCCAAUUCUUGCUACUUUGAUAAAAAACACACUUCUUUCUGGACCAUAUACAAUAUUACUGUCAAGGCAACUAAUGAAAUGGGAAGUAACAGCUCUGAUCCUCAUUAUGUGGAUGUGACCUACAUAGUACAGCCAGAUCCUCCUGCAAAUGUUACUCUAGAAUUAAAAAAGCCAAUAAAUAGAAAACCAUAUAUGGUAUUGACAUGGUCUCCACCCCCACUGGCUGAUGUCAGAUCUGGAUGGCUUACCCUCGACUAUGAAUUGCGACUGAAGCCUGAAGAAGGAGAGGAAUGGGAGACUAUUUUUGUUGGACAGCAAACACAAUAUAAAAUGUUUAGUUUAAAUCCAGGAAAGUACAUUGUACAGAUUCACUGCAAACCAGACCACCACGGAUCAUGGAGUGAAUGGAGCUCAGAGAAGUACAUUCAAAUUCCUACUGACUACAGAGUAAAAGAUAUGAUUGUGUGGAUCAUCUUGGGUGUCUUGUCAUCUCUCAUAUGUUUAAUCAUGAGCUGGACAAUGAUUUUAAAAGGAUACAGGAUGAUAACUUUUAUCCUACCACCAGUUCCAGGACCAAAGAUAAAAGGUAUAGAUACACAUCUGUUAGAGACAGGGAAAUCUGAAGAACUGUUGAGUGCACUUGGUUGCCAUGGUUUCCCUCCAACAUCAGACUGCGAGGAGCUACUGAUUGAGUAUCUGGAAGUAGAGGACAGCGAGGAUCAUCAACUUAUGCCAAGUCAUGACAAUGGUCGUCCCAGUAAAAAUGCAAAAAUUACACCCAAGGAAACAGACAGAGACUCAGGACGAGGGAGCUGUGAUAGCCCUUCUCUGCUUUCUGAAAAGUGCAGGGAGACCUGCGCCCUUCCAUCAGCACUUCAAACCCAAGAUGUAAGAGAUGUUCAAGAAAAGAAAGCAGGGAAAAGAAGCUGGGAAAGUCACUGUGUAGGCUCAGAACGAAAAGCACUCCUUAUUAACAAUGAGAGUGCAAAAUCAUCCAGAUGGCCUGCAGUUCAGUUACCUAACAAUCAGCCUCCUGUUUUUGCAUAUCACAGCAUUCUAGAAGCUAACAAGAUAACACUGACUACCACAAAUAUGAAUGUUGCAGCAGUUCUGGCGGAAAAUGAAGAAAAGCAUCAGUCACUAUAUACUAUCUCUGAAACCAUCCCUGGAGGCAUGGAAAAGCAAGAAGAGAUGGAAAAUUUGCUUUCCAAAACUGAGCAAACCACAGUGCGGGUCAAACAAAACAGAUCCAAUGAAAAGUCACCGUUUUUGGGUGCUGCAUUCAUGGAUUAUGUAGAAGUUCACAAAGUCAGACAGAAUGAGGAACCAUCAGUAUUACUGAAACAUAAAGAAAACAGUGGAAAGAUUGAAAAAUACACUAUUUCAGGAGCCAGCAAAGAAUACACAAAGGUCUCAACAGUCAUGAACCAUAGUAUUCUAGUAUUAAUGCCAGAUUCACGAGUUCUGCACGCACCUACGGCCCAAGAACCUGCAAAAGAAACAUCUCAGAACCUUCAGCAAGGUCAAGUGGAAAAAAACACGAGCUACUGUCUGACAGCUCCACGUGACUGCAAAAGAGAAACUAGUGGAUCAGACUACAUGGACCCAUCCUCAUUUAUGCCUCCCUUUAAAUAACUAAAAGUGUGAUCACUUUUAAUCAGCAAGGACAACUUUGAUGUACCAUUCUAAUAUUUCAAUAUGGUGUUCCUGGCUUGAAGAAAUCUAACUUACUGAAGUGGACAUGUGCUGCCAAAACUUACUUUAACAGAAAAUGAAGGUUUGAGGAAUGCUCUUGAUGAUACCCUGUAACUACAAAGGAUUAUUUAGUUACAGUGUAGUCAAUUGACCUUAUAUAAUACUAAUAAGGGGAUAUACGUAUUUAUAGAACAAACUGAAACACAAAAAAUAUAGUGCUAAUCAGUUUAUGUUAAAGUAGUGAAUCCUGUGGUGUAUUUGUUUAUGUGUAUAUGUUUAGAUGGCUGGAAAAUCUACAGUUGCUUCAAAUGUCAGUAAAGUAUUUAAAGUGUAGUAAUAGCAAAUGUUAAAAGUGAAUAAGAAGCAUUUUAUUUGUUGUCUCUGAAGCAUUGUAUACGUGGAGUUCACAUCAUUAAGCCUGUAAAUGUGUUUGGUAAUUUCUCAUCAACUUUAAAGGAUUUGAAAGUGUUGGGCAAGGAUACCAAAGUCAUCUAAGCCAGUUUAUGAAUAGUAGACAUUUUCUACAAAGCCAUAAAGACAAAUGAAAUGAAAGUUUCAUAAGAUCAGGCACCAUUUUCUUAAAGAAUCACUACCUCAGAUGUUUUGUGUGCUUUUUUUCCACUCCAUUUAAAAAGGCAGAUGAGCAUUUUCCUUUGUGUGUCAAACUUUAAAAAGUUGUGUUUGUAAUGUCUAAAUUGUUUUUAAUGAACAGCUUGUCAUGAAAUCCUCAUUUUUGUCCCACUAGUAAUACUAGGAUGGGAUGUUAGAGAUGCACAGCGAAAUAAGAAGAGUUGUUAUUUGGGGAGAAAAAAAAAAAAACAAUGAAGUUUUCAUCUUGUAGGGAAAGCCAUGCUGACCAGCUUGGCAGUCACAAUUUUGCCCUUUCUGUUUUUUGCCACUGCCUGUGUGCUCAACUCACUAGAACUGAGCAAGCUGAGUUCUCAGAGAUGCUCUGAUUCCAGAUCCUGCCAAUGGAACUAAGCGUUUGUUAGUACUUACUAUUUAGGAAGUUUUCAGGUGAGUUUCUGUGAAGGAAAUCUUCAAACAGUUCCUGAGUAAGUGAAAAUGGAGACUAGCCCCACUUUCAACUGUUGCAGAACACGUACUGAAAACCAAGUCACUCACUUCCUUCAGCUCCAGUGAUAGUGAUGUGGAAGGAUUGACUGAAUUACAUUGAGCAAGAAAAAUCUUGUGGCUUGGCCUUGAAAAUCCUUUCGAAACAAAUAAAGAAAUUUCAUCAUCUUUCCUGCAUAUGUCAAGCAGGAGAUCAGGACAAAUGGAAUACAGAAACACAUUGUGUAUGACGAAAGAAAGAGUAGUUUAUGAUGGGAGGAGGGACAUGGUUGCUGCAUGUGUCAGAACAGGAAAGUCCAGUCAAUACGCUGUAGGAUAGUGACUGAGAAGACAAGAGGGAGAACAAAAAAUGAAAACGAAAGAAUAAAAUGUAAGAGUAGAUUAAAAAAGUCAAACAGUAAAGUGAUAAACGUGCUUUUAAUGGGAAAAAAAUACUUCUACAUCAAAAAUGGCAAUAAGUACAGCUACUUGAGAUAAUCCACAAAAAAUAGUAAUGCCUCAUUAUGUGCUAACCAGUUGGUAAGAUGCUGAAAUUGGCCACUGCAGAUCAUCUAUUACAUAAAAGGUGAAAAAGACUAAUACAUGAAAGUUGGUUACUCUCUUUAUAUUAACUAUGGGGUUUUCUCCCAGUAAUCUGGUAUUGGUCCCUGACAAACCAUGUUUGAAGGGCUGGGCCCCUCUGCUGUUACAUUUCCUACAUUCCUAAGGAAAAAAUUCACAAAAAUAAAGUGUACCACACAGUCUUUAAAUAAAACUCCAAGUUUUAUUUAAAUUUUUUUAACAGAUGAUUCUUAGUUAUCCAUUUACGAUGUCUCACAGAUACGCUUACCACUCUUAAGCAUUCUUAUAUUGAUUAAACGACGGAUAAGCUCCAAGAGAUAAAGAAUUUUGUGGAUACUAGUAAACGGUCGGUAGACAUUUCUGGGCAUUGUUUUAGUUUCUGCCUGUGACAACAGAAACAUACAUGACUACGACAGUCAUUAACACUUUCCUUAAUCACAAAGUCCAUGUCUUGGUGAUAAAUUCUGAAAUUUACCCAGACACUUAAAAUGCAUUUUUGCCAUUUAAUAUAAGUUUUUAAGAGAGACGAUGUAUGUUGAAAGUAAUCCAAAGAAAUGUCUGAAUUAUUUGUAUGACCUCUUGCCACGCUGAUGGGCUAAAAACUGGGUGCACUCUCAACAUUAGUGCACAGAGAAGUUAGAAAUAAGAAAGAUUUUUCGCACUUUUUAUUUUCAGAAUUCAGAGCUAUUAUGCAGUUCGACUCUGUGGUGCUGCUUUUGGUCUAGGUCUUUAUCUGAUAAUUUUAUCUUUGGAGAAUGCUGCUUCUGUUUUAGUGAGCUGCUCACUACCUUCACCUCAUUUUGACAUAAGUAAAAAUGGAUAGAUUUCACUUCAUUUCCUGCAAGGAUCGUAAUGAUACAAAGACAUAGCACUGAGUAAAUUUUUAGAUGAUGCUGGGAAUCCCUGUAGACGUCACUAGUAGAAAGUAUGCCUUGAGUAGGACAGAAAACUAUAUAUGCUAAGGAAUACACAGAUUUUUCUACAGAAUACAAUUUUUUUAUAUCGAUAUGUUUUAAUGUUCAUAAUGCUGUAGACUACUCUGAAUUCUCAUUUCCGGAUCCAUCAUUCCAAAGGAAGAGGAAAAACUACUACUCAGAUAUACUCAGAAGGGAUUCCCUGGGCUGAUACACUGUUGUUCAUUUUUCAUCUUGUAAAGCAAUUUUUAAUUCUGACCAAAAAUGCCACUCUUCAUCUGGAAUGACACAGCCAUCGGUUUUGUAAAUGCAUUAUAUUUCUCAGAGAUAUUCAGCACUGUCUGAAUUUCUGAAAUCUUUAUAUUGUGCUUCAUAUAAUGUUUCUGAGUCACUGUGUAGGACAGUGACAUCAAACUCCCUGCUCCGAUUUUUCCUGGUACUGCCCAGGAAAAAGAAAUACCAAAAACCACUAGUUAAUUGUAUUUGUUCGAAUUUCUGACAUGCUGUUAAGUGCAGGGGAAAGUCUCUGGACCUUCCUUGUCUUUGAUAGUAGCAGCAGGUGUCUCAAAGAAACUUAGAUAUAAAUCGUAUUUCAUGUUCUGAACAUCAUGCACAAUAAACAACAUGCUUCUCAACUAAGAAAUAGCCAGUCCAAUAUUUAAAGUUUGUUUUUUUUUUUUUUUUUAUAUUUGUGUAAAAAAAAAUCAUUCUUAGCCUUUCAAUAAAAGCCAGGCAUUUUUUUUCAAUUACAUUUUCAGAAUUUGCAUGCAAUCUGGAACAUUCAAGUUACUGUAGUGUCAUUACUUUAGCAGCACAGUGACGUCAAGCACAACUAGUUCAUGAACUAGACCCAAAUGUUUUGUAAAUUUCUAAAAUUAAAAAAGUCAUAGAAAGUAGAUUUCAUAUUCAGUAUGUACAUUGGUUGGAACGUACUGGUAUAAAAACAGUUGCUCAGGAAUUCCCCGUUGUUUCUAAGUGUAGUUGAAGGAAAAUGCUUUAAAAUUAUGUAUUUUUUAAGUUCAUAAUAUCGAAAAUGCUGGCUUUAAUAAAAUCUGUUAGCAAUUUCACUUGUAAGAUCAAUAUUGUUACUGAAGUCUGUAGCUUUCUGGUGGACUUUUCUACAUUUUGUCAUUGUAAAAUCUCUUUGCAAUGGUGUUCGCAUUUCAAGUUAAUAAAAGCUCUU